AUGCAAAGGAUGAAUAAAAAGGAUAGAGAUAGUUCAGCUAAGAGGAAGAGAGGCCUCUUAGAAGCACUCUCAUCUCAAUCCAGUAUUGAAGCGAUGGUUGAUGACUGGAUUUCCAAGUAUAAAGAAAAUCAAAAGUUAGGAUUUUUGGAUCUGGCCCAGUUGCUUUCUGAUGCUGCAGGUCACAAUAAACUUAUAAGUACUGAAAUGAUAGAGGAACAAAAUGUAAAGCAAACGAUAGACUCACUGGCAUCGAGCAUAUCAGGAGAUGUAAAUCCCCCUGUCAUGAAUAAACGUGUAAAAGUAAGCAUUGCAGUUUUCUUCCAGAGGCUGAUUCAGAAGUGUAACAGCUUAUUAUUUGACAACUAUUUGUUGGAUAUGUUCUUCAGCUUCCUGGUGCCAAUGUCACUUCAUUCUAUGAGGGCAUUUCGUUAUGUGGGCACUCUCGUUGGAUUGAAAGUAAUGACUGCCUUGGUGAAUGUUCUGAAGGUUACCUCCGAUCAUUGUGAAAUUGCACAACAACAGCUUGCAACAGAGCAGAGUAAAGAUAUCAGCUCUCAGUCAUCAGAUCGUAUUGAAUUGCUUCAGGACCAGAUUACUGAACUUAGCAGAAAUAGAGAAGAACUGAAUGCAUGGUUGCACGAUUACUCAUUGAAAAUUAUAUUCAAGGAAAGAAUCUUAGAUAAGAUGCCGGAAAUUCAAAUUUUGUGCCUGUCUGAAGCAGCAACAUGGAUGCAGAUAUGUCCAAAUAUCUUUAUGAUUGAUAAAUAUCUAUUAUAUUAUAAAUUACUGAUGGCCUGCCCAUCAGCAAAUGUGCGUGAAACAAUUCUCAAGUCAUUUUUAUUAUUAUAUGAAACAAGGUCGGUUAAUGAUAAUCUUCAGACCUUUACAACAAAACAUAUUUCAUCCUUUGUUGCCAUGACACUUGAUGCUUCAAUAAAUGUAUCUGUUGUAGCUUUGAAUUUACUCACAGAGAUAAUGAAGACUAUUGGACCUCGUGUAUUAGAUGAAUAUAGAGAUAACAUUUUCCUUCUUGUUUUUAGCAAACAUAAACAAGUAGCAACAGGAGCAGGCACUUUCCUGCUCACUUAUCUAGAUGUACAGAUGGAGGAAAAGCCUUCUCAUUUCAAUAUUUUAAUGAACCUUGUAGAGUUCUUUGAAGAAGCACAUCUCCCUUUGCAUGCCCCAUUUAUGGUGGAGGCACUUCUUCACAAGUGCCCUGCAUUGACAGAUUGGGAAGUAAUGUGUUCAGUGCUGAUUAGAGAUUGUGGAGAUAUGACCUUAGAGCAAGAAAAUUGCUUUUUGAAGAUCAUGACGGCUGCCAUGAAUCAGGCAUGUAAUGGAAUAUCACCUCGUACUAAAGAUGCAAAACCUAUAAUGACUGCAAAAAUGGUGAAAAUGAGGGACAUCCACAAAUUAAAAAUCACUGAGUAUUUCACUGAGCAUUUACCACGACUUCUUCAUAAAUACAGAGAAAAUUCAGAUAAAGUUGUUAUGUUUCUUCAGAUUAUCAAGCACUUACGAUUUGAACGAAUCAUUCCUACCAAACAGGGAAUUUUUAAUUCAUUUUCAAAAAGUAUAGAGAACUUAAUUGAAAUUCAUUCUGAUGAGCAAGUUCUUCGUGGAUGUUGUGAUGUUAUGGAGUUCAUUAACUCUGAACUACAUUCUGCUGCAGAAUUUGGAGACUCUAUGUGGGAUUCUGUAGAAGGUCACAUUUUUGGAAAGUUCAUGCAGGCUGUAGAACAAAUUCAGAAAUGCAUUCAAGUGAACAUAUCACCCAAUGAUGAUCAGACAUUCAUUAUAUGCAACACUUUGGAAAAGUUAGUUAUUUUCUGUGAAUACAAAGAUAGGAAAUGGGAAGAAUUGUGGAUUGUCUGUCUCAAUUUCAUUACGCAUUCUAGAAAACACUUGGAGUUUCCUGUAAACUUUAUUACAAACUGCAUCAAAAUUUGCCACUUGAAGGUUCUGUGGGACAGAAAAGGAUUAGAUUCGGUUUCAGAAGAAAAAUUAACUGAAAGUUUAGGUGUUCCUCUGCAAAGUAAACUACAACAAUUGUUAUAUGUUCUUCAGCAACUAAUGACACAUGAAAUAAUGGAGUUACGUGAAACAGCGUAUUUUGUCAUUUGUGAUGUUUUACUAAUAUUUUGUGAAGAUUGCAUGACUUCUGUAAAAAAUCUAGGAAUAAUUGCAGAUGAAACUCUCAAACCCCUAUUGCAAAACUUUGUUGAGAAAAUGGUAUUUCAGGGUGAUUAUGUUGAGAAGGUUAAAAGAGGUUUUACAUUGGAAUUUAGACGGUCUGUAUUAACAGCAUAUUGCAAACUAGUCUCUUAUGGUAUGUUGGAUAUUAAAGCUGGUAUUUGGAUUUUUAAUUAUUAUGAAAAGAAAGGAAAAGAUUAUGAUGAUAUAUUAAAGAAAACCUUCGUAAACAUGCUAGAAAGUGAUGCAAUUGAGUGUGGUCGGGCAUUGAUGAACAUGUUAAUAUCUUCGUUCAGAUUUCUACUUGAAAAUGAAAAGAGAACUUUACAGUCCAUGAAACAGAUGUUGGGAGGCCAUUAUGGAACUUUUUCUCAAUUAUUAUCUACAUGCCCACAAGCAUUUUUGCAUUUUCACCAAGAGGGAAUUUUAUUUGCAUUUGGAAAAGAUGCAGAUAGCAAAGGCAAUAAGAUAUUCCUUGAAAUUUUAUUGGAAUUUGUAGAGGCCCUUACUCCAUCACAAUCAACAUUUUUACUAGAGCUUGUUAAGAGAUUGGAAGGAAAUUCACCUGAAGAAUCAAGCUGUUCUGCUGGUUAUCGAAAUUCUCUGUUCAGAAAAUCAAAGUCUGUUACCCCCACAAAAAAGAGAGAAUCUUCUCAGCCUUCAACCAAACAGCAAUCAAGAUCUAAUUCCAGGCCUGCCAAAAGGUUCAGUACGAGGAAUAUUGAAGAUAAUACAUCUAAAAUAACUUUCGAAGCUCCAUCUGCAGCAAAACGUAAAACUUCUGUGUCCUAUUCUUCAGUGAAGAUAAAGAAGAACAUUGGCAAAUAUGAAUGUUAA